CUGUGAAACAUUUUCAGUCAGGCAUGUGACUGAGCAGCUAUGUAUGAGGCCCUCUGUGUUGUCAUUAUCCACUUCCUGAUUGUAGCCGGGCGAGCAGAGCAGGAAAAGAUCAGAGUGUGUGUGUGUGUCUGUCCCCGCCUCACGUGGAGUGGAGUGUAAUUAAACUUGGCGAGAAACUGAAGAAGAAGAGAGGAAGGAGGAGGAGGCCAACAGGCUAAUCGCAGAGCAGAGGGGACGAGGAGGAGAAGAGGAAGAAGCGAGGGAGGAGGAAGGGGAAGUGAAGAGCCGGAGAACAAACAAAGAAGAGAGAAGAAGAGUGAGUGACAGCCACAGGAAGAUUGGUUGCCUGCUGCGCUCGAACUGAUACUACGGCUGGUGACAGCGCCAACGCCGAGCGGAGACGUUGAGAGGAAUGCUGGGAGGGAUAAUCUCUCACUCAGGACUCAACACUAAUCCCUCACCACACACACACACACACAGACAAACACACCAACACACACAGGCACACACACACACACCUUGUGUGUCUUGUAAAAAGACCUUUGGAUUAGGGUAGCCAUGUUUGAAGUCCUAGAGCAGUUAAUGUGUAUUAAGAAUCCACUGUCGUUACUUUACUGUGUCAAACUUUUCAGAUCUCUAUUAUAAGUCUCUGUAUAACUCUCAUAAUUGAUCAACUUUAAUAGAUUACUUGCUUUGACUGAAGUUAGCACCGCUGUCAUUUCCUGUAUUUAUUAUCCCGGCCUUAUUAUACUUGAAGUUUAAACAAACAGUGGUUUGUGUAAAGUCUGCUCCUUUGUUUGCAGUUCUUUCAGCACACACUCUGACCUCAUUGUCACAGGUCACAUUUCCCUCCAUGAAAACCAUAUGACCUGACUGCCGUGAAGCAGCCGGGGUCAGACAGUUGGUUUUUAUAGAGGGCUUCAGAACCUUGAGUCAGGAGGAGUGUGACUACUCCACAUAGGAUUCCUUUAAACACACAGAAUUCCUUAGGGAAUAUUUGGAAUAGUUAAAGUGAUGUUGGGAGGCCUCUUCUUGGACUGCCUGCACAUGAUUUUCAGAACUUUAGUCGCAUAAAGACUCUUCUGUCUAAGCGAAGCUUUACACGGACUGCCUAAAUUUCAGGAGUUGUGGUUUAUCCUGGCAAAAUGUGACCGGCCAUGAGAUCACAGUAGCUUAUUGUCUGUCAUGGAUCUGGAGCCUGGAGCACACGCCGAUCUGGGACAAGGGGCCGCACCGCUGACCUGUGCGGACACAACUGAACAAAAAGAGUUGGAAACGGAAAGAGACGGAGGAGAAGGGUUUGUAAAUAUGAAAGGAGUCGAUGGAGAGUUCAGCUCGGAGUCCUCCUCCUCAAACACCUCCCUGCGCUCCUCAUCCACCCUCCCUCCGUCGUCCCAUUCGCCGCCACCACUCUGUGUUGAGGAGGAUAAGGAGAUGAUGAGCGGCUGCUCCAAGUCUUUCACCGGACUCAAGAUCUUCACCCGGAGGAAAGCCAUUUCCAAGUCUGGCCUGCACCAUCUGCCCUGUCAACCCAGCACAUCAUCUCUGAACAGGACCGACUCAGAAUCAAGUAUCCGCAGUACUCUGGACUGGACUGAAUCAGCUGUGUAUGGAGAUCAUAUCUGGUUUGAGACGAAUGCGUCCGGAGAUUACUGUUACGUGGGAGAACAACAUUGUAUUGCCAAAGCACUGCAAAAGUCUUACAGUCGAAAGAAGUGCGCCGCCUGUAAGAUAGUCGCCCACACCAUCUGCAUAGAACAACUGGAGAAGCAGUGGACCGCAGGUUAUCUUGAACUGUCCCUCCUGUCUGACCUGCAGUUUCCCAGCUCUCAGGCCAUUCUGUUGGAGGCCACCCUGCCCCUCAGUGACCCCAACUUUAGAAUAAAUUUCAGGUGUAAACCAUCUUUCAGAGAAUCAGGCUCUAGGAACAUUCGAGAGCCCAUUGUGGUGCGUCAUCACUGGGUGCAUCGGAGACGGCAAGAAGGCAAAUGUAAACAAUGUGGGAAGGGCUUCCAGCAAAAGUUUGCUUUUCACAGUAAAGAGAUCGUUGCCAUCAGCUGCUCCUGGUGCAAACAGGCUUACCACAACAAAGUUUCCUGCUUCAUGCUGCAACAAAUUGAGGAGGAUUGUCCAAUCGGAGCUCACGCUGCCCUCAUUGUUCCGCCCACAUGGAUCAUCCGGGUCCGACGCAAUCAGUCGUCUAUGAAGUCGAGUAAGAAGAAGAAGAGAACGUCGUUCAAGAGGAAAAGCAGCAAGAAAGGAGCAGAGGAAGGACGUAUGUGGAGGCCGUUUAUUAUCCGACCCAUCCCCUCAACACUGAUGACGCCUCUGCUGGUGUUUGUCAACCCCAAGAGUGGAGGAAACCAGGGAACUAAGAUCAUGCAGUCCUUCAUGUGGUAUCUGAACCCAAGACAGGUGUUUGACCUGAGCCAAGGAGGACCAAAGGAGGGCCUGGAGCUGUAUCGUAAAGUCCACAACCUGAGGAUCAUGGCCUGUGGAGGAGAUGGCACUGUGGGCUGGAUCCUGUCUUGUCUCGACGAGCUGGCAUUAAACCCUCAGCCUCCUGUUGCCGUGUUACCACUGGGGACAGGAAAUGACCUCGCUAGGACCCUCAACUGGGGAGGGGGCUAUACAGACGAACCUCUGUCUAAGAUCCUGUCCCAUGUUGAGGAUGGCACUGUUGUCCAGCUCGACAGGUGGAAUCUGCAGGUGGAACCAAACCUCAGCGCAGCGGCGGAACUGGACGAACAACAAACUGAUAAGCUUCCUCUAGAUGUUUUCAACAAUUACUUCAGUCUUGGAUUCGAUGCUCAUGUGACUCUAGAGUUCCAUGAAUCCAGAGAGGCAAACCCAGAAAAGUUCAACAGUCGAUUUAGGAAUAAGAUGUUCUAUGCUGGGACAGCGUUCUCAGAUUUCUUGAUGGGAAGCUCCAAAGACCUGUCUAGGCAUAUCAAAGUGGUGUGUGAUGGGACUGAUUUAACAUCGAAGGUUCAGGACUUGAAGCUGCAGUGUCUGGUCUUCCUCAACAUCCCCAGGUACUGUGCGGGCACAACACCUUGGGGAAAUCCCAGUGAGCAUCAUGACUUUGAACCUCAGCGCCAUGACGACGGAUACAUCGAGGUCAUUGGAUUCACCAUGACUUCACUGGCUACUCUCCAGGUUGGUGGCCAUGGCGAGAGGUUGAACCAGUGUAGAGAAGUUACGCUCACCACCACUAAGCCUCUCCCAGUACAGGUGGACGGUGAACCAUGCAGACUUGCUCCCUCUGUCAUCCACAUCAGCCUCAGGAACCAGGCCAACAUGGUCCAGAAAACCAAACGACGGACCUCACUGCCACACUUUAAUGAUCAGCAGCCGGUCCCAGAGAGGCUGAGGAUCCGAGUCAGCAGGAUCAGUAUGACCGACUAUGAGGUUCUGCACUACGACAAGGACAAACUACGGCAAGCAUCCAUUCCUCUGGGCCUGAUCGUGGUUCCUGGUGACAGUGACUUAGAAACCUGCCGAGAACACAUCCAGCGCUUGCAGGAGGACUUCUGCUCUGUCCAUCCUCCCUGUAGGUGCUUGGGACCACAGGAGGAGGUCGGUAAACCAAAGAUUCUCUCCUCGCAGAGGUUAUCGCCAAAGUGGUGUUUCCUUGACUCUACGACAGCAGAUCGUUUCUACAGGAUCGACAGAGCACAGGAACAUCUUAACUAUGUAACCGAAAUCUCCCAGGAAGAGCUCUUCAUCCUGGACCCUGAGCUCAUCGUUACCGUGACCGUAGGCACCUCCCCCUCAGCCAGUCUUGACGUAGCGACCCCUGACUCCAGCCUGGUGAACAGUGGUUGUUCUCAGAGACAGCGGGUGAACAGCGACAGCUCUGCAGCCGAAGCUUUCACGCUCAACACGGCGCCCGUGGCCAGCAAACUCACCAGGGCGGGCUGCAUCCAUCGCUCCAACACCACUGCUGCUGAUUUUAAACCAAGACUGAGACGAGAGACGAGCCAGAAGACGAGUGACGCAGACGGAGAAAGAGAAAAAGAGAUGUUGAUUGAGUGUGUGAAGAACAAGGAUCUGAAGAGGCUGCAGGAGCUGCACCUGAAGGGGGCGGACCUCACAGCGCUGGACCAAUCGGACUGCAGCCUGUUGCACCACGCCGUCAGCACGGGAAGCAAAGAGGUGGUCCGCUACAUUCUGGACAACGCUCCUAACGACCUGCUGGAUGUCACAGAAAAACUUCAUGGGGAGACGGUCCUUCAUCGAGCCGCGUCUCUUUGCCACAGGACCAUCUGUCAUUAUCUGGUGGAAGCGGGGGCGUCACUGAUGAAAACAGACUUACAGGGUGAUACGCCAAAGAACAGAGCAGAGAAGGCUCAAGAUGCUGAGCUGGCAGCCUAUCUGGAGAACAGACAGCAUUACCAGAUGAUACAGAGAGAGGACCAGGAAACAGCUGUUUGAAACUGUCAAACUUUAUGAGCAGGGCAGAAAUGAAGAAGCUGUCGUCCUCCUCUUCUUCAUCACGAUGAGUCCGAGGCUUUAAUGUGUCAUUCCAGAGCGGAGGCCGAGGAGUGAAGGUGGACCAAAUCUAAACCCAACAUGCGUUUAAUGGAGAUUAUGGCAGAGAUGACAAUGAUGACAGUGACAGUGACACAAAGGGUCGGAGCUUGUGUUGUUGAAGGUGAAGAUAAAGAGAUGUAAAGUCUUUCCUCUUCUUCUUUCUACAGGAAAGUAGAAGCCCUUCAGACUGUGGACAGAAACUUGAUGAGUUGACACUAGAAACUCUUUCAUCUCAAACUAAUUCCAACUAAAACUGAUCAUCUGCCAUGAAUUAAUGAUACUGAAACGUUUGGUGGGGUUAGACGGUCUCAGUUUUGUUAAUGUCUUAGUUGAGCCUUUCAAGCCUUAAAAAAACUAAAUGCACCAGUCAAGAGUUUUUCUUUGGGGCGGGAUUAUGAAAUGAAUAGUGAGCGCAGUGAAGACUGGAUGAGUUCACUGAAUAUCCAGCCGAGAAAAAGGGUAGUGAUGGGAAUGUCAAAGGGUCAAAACCAGAAGGGUUCAUCUUCAGGGGGCCACAGCUGAGUUCAGGUUUGUCAGACCAGCAUUUUAUGAAAAACCUUGCAAUGGACCGAAGUUCUGACACUUUGAUAUGAUGGUUUUCACUUCAGGGGAUCCUGAAACCUUAAGGGUCCAUCUUCAGGGGACCAUGAAUACCCCCCUCAAAGUUCAGGUGAAUCAGACCAAUGUAAUGGAACCAAGUGCUGACAUUUUGAUAUGAUGGUGUUAGGUUCAGGAAACAUAAGGAUUCAUCAGGAUCCCAUUUAUUCUGCCAUGAGAAGUGAAUAUUGGAAUGAAGCUGUGUGGUUAUUUCACUGAGCAUCGUUGUGAACCUGCUUUACUUCUUUACCUCACCUAUUCAACAUUAUCAUUACAUUGUACAUGCUGAAUUGUUGAUCGAAAUGUUCUAGAGAUAAUUAUUAUUUAUGUGUGUUGGGGGGUACAGCAAUGGAUCAAAUAGACUUGUCUGAUUAUGGUAUUGUUAAACUCGAGCAAACUAUAUAAACUUGUGCCAAACUUUAAAGUGACAUAACAGUUAAAGAUAUAGUUCACAGAAAUGUACGACAAAAAUAACAACAAUCAGAUCAAUGCCAAACGCUACCAGUGCCCAUGUGGACACAGUCACCUCUGCAGCCACAUCACUAUCUUCGGAUCUGUAGGAGUUUUAGAGCAGCUAAAACAGAGAAGUUUGGAAACGUUUUAGUUUGAAAACUCUGGGGCAGAGUUUUAAUAUAGCUGAUCAGAAACUGAAAUGUUUGGAAAUGACAUAAUGAGAAACAUUUUAUAGAACGUAGUAGUAUGGAUGGAGCCUGAGAGCUUUGUGUAUCUACAUAAGUCUGCUAAAGCUUCACUUUGGACGAUUUGUCAUUUUCUAAAUUGGAUUGGCAAUCACACAUUGGAAUGCAAAUGAUAUUUUUCAAAAAAUAUUUGCUUUCAUUUGACAUAAAUUAUUUACACAAGUUCAUCCUCAUUGAACAAAAUAAGAUCCAGCUCAUUCCCAGUGUGUUGUCAUCCAUCAUGUCAUCCUGCUAACACACGCACACACACACACACACACACAUCUGACCAGACAGACGUUCACACUAUGCUCCGAGAUGCAAAGCUCAGACGCGCUGCUGGGAUGAAAAGCCAACGCUGCGCAGCAAGGGAACGAACCUCCAACUCUUUUAUAGUUAUGGAGAAAAAAAAAAGUUUCUGUGCGCCAAGAGUUUUGAGGGUUUGAUGAUUUUUUUUGUACAGCGUAUUAUUGAAAUAUUCUCUGACUUUGAUUCAACACAGCAGCUGCCGAAGAAAAAACUAACUUCACUGACCUUUUCUUGUUUUGUUUUGCCUGUGGAAUUUAGAAUUUGAACUGUGUUGGUGUUUUCAGAUUAGUUUUGCUUUGACAGUAAACUCUUUCAUGUUCUGCAUCGCAGUGAUUAGAGCUCACUAGGUCUUUUUUUUCUAUUACAUCUGAGGCCAAUAUAAUGUUAAUGCUCUCAUAUUUAGGAUUCUGCUUUUUGUAAACACGUUGGUAUAAAAUAAAUGGUUUUAAUUUUCAAUUUUUUUCUCUUUAAAUUUCUC